AUGCAAAAUUUAUUACUUGAGAUACUUGCAAAUGAGGCUCUUCAUGGAAAUAAGUAUUCCAACAUAUUUAAACAUGCAUUAUAUGCUAAAGUAGCUAAAGCAAUUACUGAGAAAUUUAUGAUUGAAUGUACUCCAAAGCAAGUGGAACAUUGCUUUAAAACACUCAAAACCAAUUGGAAUACAAUUGCAUUACUUCGUAAUAAGAAAAGCGGGUGUGGAUGGAAUGAUGAUUUGAAAAUGAUCACUUGUGAUAGGACAAUGUAUGAAAAAGAAGUUGCGUUUCUAAACAAGAAAAUUGUGAUGUUUGAUGAGAUGGCUUUGGUUGUUGGUAAGGAUAUGGCUACAGGAGGUUUUUCUAAGGGAAUUGGUGAUAUAGGUGUAGAAGCAUUGGACGACUCACCUCCGCUUGUUGACGCUGAUGUUGAUGAUAUAUCUAUAAAGAAGCAAGUUGAUCCCUCACAUGUGGCCUCAAAUGAGACAAGGUCUCAUAGGAAAUGA